AUGGCCACUGAAGAUGAUAACUUCGAUAUUGACAUCUAUGGUGACGGCGGUGGCUACAACGCCAACGACCAAGGAGACUAUAUCAAGCAUGAGGACACGGAGCUGAUCCUAGACGCACCAGAGCAGACACAAAACGGCGCCGCUGGCCAGAGCCAAAACAGUACAGAGCAGAAAGCUCAACAGGAGCAGAGAGACGGCACUGGUCCCAACGGUGAACGCGUAACACAGGCGCACGACGCCCAGCAGCAAGAAGCUUCUCAAGCAGCCCCGGCGCCGCAACAGGGUGUAAAGCGCAAGGAGCACGAUGAUCGUCCGUCGGAUCCUGACGCUACAACUGCUUUACUCAUUUCUGACCUGUAUUGGUGGACUACUGACGAUGACAUCCGUGGCUGGAUCAAUGCAGCCGGGUGCGAAGAUGAACUCAAGGAUGUAACGUUCAGUGAGCACAAAGUCAAUGGUAAAAGCAAAGGCCAAGCGUUUGUUGAGUUUACCACACUCCAAGCAGCAACAGCUGCCAAGCAUCAAAUUGAGAACUUGAAUGUCUCAAGUCAAGGGGGCCGUAAAUACACGGUUCAUUAUACGAACCCUCACACAAACCCAUUCCGCACACUUCCUAAGGACGCCCCUAUGCGCAAGGACAAUCAGGCCCGUUCACUAUCAGGAGGUUUCAACUCGCCGAAUCAGAACAUGAACUUUGGCAUGAACAACAUGGGCGGAGGCUUCCGCGGCGGACGGGGAGGCGGCUUUCAGAACACAAUGGGCGGUUUUCAAGGCAGCCCUAUGGUCGGAGGCUUCCAGGGCAAUCCAAUGGGAGGGAUGCAGAACUACGGCUUUAACAACCGUGGCAAUAUGAUGGGCGGCGGCAUGCGCGGCGGUCCUGGUGGAAUGCGCGGUCGCGGUGGUAUGGCUGGGCCGAAUAUGAUGGGAAUGCCAGCGAUGAAUCCCAUGGGUGGUAUGGGUAUGAAUCCUAUGGCUGGUGGGAUGAACCCGAUGAUGGGUGGAAUGGGUGGAAACAUGGGCAUGCAAGGAACAGGCGGCUUUCAAGGCCCCAACCCAGCUUUCAAUCAAGGCUUCUUCCCUCAAAACCAGGGAGUCAAUGAUGGGUCGUGGAACCCCCACGGUGCGAAGCGUAGUCGGCAGGAGUAG